AGUGUCCGAGGAGGUGAGGGUAGACUGCUGGCUCGUGCCAGCUGCGCCCUCUUUCCUCUACUUCCUUCCUUCUCCCCCUCUCCUUUCCCUCUUUCCCUCCCCUCCCACUUCCCAGGAGCCCUGGUGGAGUGUGCGUGUGUGGGAGCGCGAGAGCCCCCCAACAGCCACCCCUUGGGGCGCGCGGCUGCAGUUAGGGUGAGGGUCCCAGUGCGCAGGCGCGCUCCCGUUCGCCGUCCCCAACGGACGCACCCGCGGCGGGAACGAGAAGGGGUCACCGGUGCGAGGCAUUAGACCUGCCACCAGAGGAAGAUGCUGCCAUCACCUGCCUGCUCUUCCUGAACCUCCAGGUUUCAGCCAUAAGGCCCCAUGGAGGACACACCCACCUCACUCAGCUGCUCUGACUGUCAGCGCCACUUUCCCAGCCUCCUGGAACUGUCACGGCACCAAGAACUGCUCCAUCCAUCUUCCAACCAGGAGAGUGAGGAGGCCAACAGCGUCCCUCGGCCCUACCGCUGUCAGCAGUGCGGGCGGGGCUAUCGCCACCCCAGGAGCCUUGUCAACCACCGCCGGACCCACGAGACUGGCCUUUUCCCCUGUACCACCUGUGGCAAGGACUUUACCAAUCCCAUGGCCCUCAAGAGCCACGUGAGAACUCAUGCUCCUGAGGGCUGCCGGAGGCGCAGACCCCCCCACCCCAAGGAAGCCACUCCACCCCUCCAUGGGGAGACAGCAUCCACUGACUCCUGGGGCCAGAGGCUUGGCCCUGGGGAGGGCUGGGAAAACCAGAAAAAACAUCCUGAAGAGACCUCUGGCUGUGAGUCUGGGCCAGACCCUAGCGCAGCUCUGGGCACUUGGGAAGAUCCACCCACCAGACCCAGAGAAGGCUGGGAAAGCCGGCCAGAUCCUGAGGAGGGCGCAGAGGGCUGGGGGCCCACCACCCACUCUGCCAGAGACCCACCGCUCCCCACCCCAGCCAGCAGUCUCCUUAGCAAUUUGGAACAGUAUUUGGCUGAAUCGGUAGUGAAUUUCACAGGGGGCCAGGAGCCCACCCAGUCCCCUCCUGCCGAGGAGGAGCGGCGGUACAAGUGCAGCCAGUGUGGCAAGACCUACAAGCAUGCCGGGAGCCUCGCCAACCACCGCCAGAGCCACACCCUGGGGGUCUAUCCUUGUGCCAUCUGCUUCAAGGAGUUCUCUAACCUCAUGGCUCUGAAGAAUCACUCCCGACUCCACGCCCAGUAUUGGCCUUACCAGUGUCCCCAUUGCCCCCGUGCUUUCCGGCUCCCCCGAGAGCUGCUGGAACACCAGCAGUCCCAUGAGGGUGAAAGUCAGAAGCGGCCAUGGGAAGAGAAAGGGCUGCCCACCGCCAAUGGGCACACAGAUGAGAGCGGCCGGGCCCGACUCCCUGGUACACAGAUGCUGAACAGCUCUGGGGAGCUGGAAGACAGUGGCCUGGAGGAGUACCGGCCUUUCAGCUGUGGGGACUGUGGCCGUACCUACCGCCAUGCUGGGAGCCUCAUCAACCAUCGCAAGAGCCACCAGACAGGUGUCUACCCCUGCUCCAUCUGUUCCAAGCAGCUGUUCAACGCAGCCGCCCUCAAAAACCACGUGCGGGCUCAUCACAGGCCCCGGCAAGGAGCUGGAGAGGAUGGGUCGCCUUCAGUGCGGCCAGCGUCCCUGCCUCUGGCUGAGACCACCCACAAAGAGAAGGAGGUCCCCCCCACCCCCCUGGACCACCGCCCCUAUAAGUGCAAUGAGUGUGACCGGGCUUACCAGCACCCAGGGAGCCUUGUGAACCACCGCCACAGCCAUCGGACAGGGGAGUACCAGUGCUCGCUCUGCCCCCGCAAGUACCCCAACCUCAUGGCCCUCCGCAACCACGUGCGGGUACACUGCAAGGCUGCUCGCCGCAGUGCCAGACCCGGGGCUGAGAGCGCCCCCAGCCACCUCAAGGUGGAGCCCCCGCCCGACCCAGUGGGAGCAGAGGCAGCCCCAGGCCCAGAUCAGGGGCCUGUGUGCAAACGUGAAGAGGCAGCCACUGAUGUCCCUCCAGCCGCGGCUAGGACCACACCGCAGAUAUGUAGCUUGUGUGGGAUGCUCUUUGAAGACCCUAAGAGCCUUGAACGUCAUAGCCGGACCCACGGAGAAGGGGAGGACAGCAGGGCAGAGAGCAGGGUGUCCCCUCCUCGGGCAUUUGCCUGCCGAGACUGUGGAAAGAGCUAUCGCCACUCAGGCAGCCUUAUCAACCACCGGCAGACCCACCAGACGGGAGACUUCAGUUGUGGGGCCUGCGCCAAGCACUUCCACACCAUGGCUGCCAUGAAGAACCACUUGCGUCGCCACAGUCGGCGGCAGAGCAAGCCGCACCGGAGGCGGACUGGCAGUGCUGGCGGCAGGGGAGAAGCCAAACUCCCGUCCGGUGGGAACUGGGCCCUGGAGCUGGCGGAAAAGAAGGAGGGCCUGGACUGUCCCCAAGACCCUCCGGGGGGAAGGCCUAGUGGAGCCGAAGGCCACGUGGAAAGUGCUGGGGGCUGUUUGCCAGCUGCGGCUGAGCGGGACAGAUGUGGGCACGAGAGGGAUGAGGCCUGUUUCCAGGGUGAUAAUGAGAGCAGAGGCACUGGGGAAGGACUGCAAAGGAAGGCCGGUUUCCUUGACAACGUGGACAUCCCAGGCGAAGAGGAAGGCAAUGGGCCUCGCUUCUCUGAUGGCCUCCCUGGCGGGGAGGAGGGCCAGACACCAGCCCCUGGCCAGCCCAGCUCCCCGGCCCCCUCUGCCAAGGCCUCUGCUGCCUGGCAGGCCGGUGUCUCCCACACAUGUCCUGACUGUGGCCGUUCUUUCCCCCACGCCGCUGGCCUGCUGAGCCACAGGCCCUGCCACCCCCCGGGCAUCUACCAGUGCUCCCUCUGCCCGAAGGAGUUUGACUCCCUGCCUGCCCUGCGCAGCCACUUCCAGAACCACGGGCCGGGGGAGGCAGCCUCGGCCCAGCCUUUCCUCUGCUGCCUCUGUGGCAUGAUCUUCCCUGAGCGGGCUGGCUACAGGUUUCACCUGCGCCAGGCCCAUGAUUCCUCGGAAACGACGGAGGGCUCAGAGGAGGAGGGUGACGAGGAAGGAGCAGCAGGGGCUGCCUCCACCCGCAGCCCCCCACUGCCGCUCUCGGAAGCUGAGCUGCUGAACCAGCUGCAGCGGGAGGUGGAGGCGUUGGAUGGAGCCGGCUACGGGCACAUCUGUGCCUGCUGCGGUCAGACCUACGAUGACCUGGGGAGCCUGGAGCGUCACCACCAAAGCCAGAGUUCUGGGAACACCACCGACGAGGUCCCCAGCCUCCUGCCUCCCCCAGGAGAGGCGGCUGAUGCCACGGGGAUGGUUGCCGACGCCGGUGUCUUUGAGGGCACGGUGACCUCUCUCCCAGGAGAGAGUGGCGACACAAAGUCUGGAGAGGGAGGAGGUGCGGCCCUCGCGGACAGCCUGGGCGCGCAGGGCGCUGAAGGUUCUCGGGAGGCCCAGCCCCGCCCCUUCCGCUGCAACCAGUGCGGCAAGACCUACCGCCACGGGGGCAGCCUGGUGAACCACCGCAAGAUCCACCAGACGGGGGACUUCACCUGCCCGGUCUGCUCGCGCUGCUACCCCAACCUGGCCGCCUACCGCAAUCAUCUGCGGAACCACCCGCGCUGCAAAGGCUCGGAGCCCCAGGUGGGGCCCGUCCCGGAGGCCGGAGGCAGCAGCGAGCCCCAGAACCCGGCAGAGGAGGGCCGAGGGCAGGCCGAGGGCGAGAAGUUCCCGAAAGAACCUCAAGUGGAGCCCGCGGAGGAGGUGGCGGAGGCGAAGGAAGAGGCCUGGGAGGAGACCGCCGGGAAGCGGGAGGAGAUGGAGCCCUGGCUGGAGACGGCGGCGGAGAAGGGCUGCCGGCCAGAGGCCCCCUCCGAGCGGCCCUUCAGCUGCGAGGUGUGCGGCCGCUCGUACAAGCACGCGGGCAGCCUCAUCAACCACCGGCAGAGCCACCAGACCGGCCAUUUCGGCUGCCAGGCCUGCUCCAAAGGCUUCUCCAACCUCAUGUCGCUCAAGAACCACCGGCGCAUCCACGCGGACCCGCGGCGUUUCCGCUGCGCCGAGUGCGGGAAGGCCUUCCGCCUGCGGAAGCAGCUGGCCAGCCACCAGCGGGUCCACCUGGAGCGCAGUGCCGGCAGCGGCUCCCGGCAGCUGACCCGGGAGGAUCGGCCCUUUCCCUGUGGGCAGUGUGGGCGGACCUACCGCCACGCGGGCAGCCUCCUGAACCACCGGCGGAGCCACGAGAUGGGCCAGCCUAGCUGUCCCACCCGCCCCAAGACCGACUCCCACUGCCUGGCCCUGAAGGACCACCACAGGCUGCACUCGGAGAGCCGGCGGCGGCGUGCCGGGCGGUCCCGGCGGGCGCCAGUGCGCUGCGCCCUCUGUGGCCGGAGCUUCCCGGGCCUGGGAUCUCUGGAGGGGCACCUGCAGGAGCACGAGGAGGAGACCAGAGGCAGUCAGGGAGGCCCAGACAGCACAGAAGGCGCUCAGGGGAGCCCGGCCAAUGACCAGGGACUACAGGACACAUCGGGUGGUACCGAGUCUGUGCCCCAGCUGGAGGAUGGGGACGUGAGGCCAGCGGAGCAGAGUCAGAGCCCCUUCAGGGCAGCAGGUUCAGAGGCCACAGAGCCAGUGUCCUGGAGCGUGGGGAAAGCGGAUGGGUGGCAAGGAGACGGGGGGCCAGUGAAUCAUGAUGGAGAUUGGGCCCCUGAGGGUCACACACUGACCAAGCCAGAGGACAAGUCAGGGGACAUUGUCCUCGGGAGUCCUUGCCACCUUGGCAACUGCCAGCCCAAUGGACCUAGUCUGAUUCCCGUGGAGAGCUGGGACAGCGGAGACAGUGGCCCUCAGAGCCAGCCAGAGAGCCCCUCCUUUUCCUGCAGCCACUGUGGCAAGACCUCCCACCAGGCAGAAGGUCCCUUGAACCACCACGACAGCCACAAGACAGACCGUCACUAUUGCUUGCUCUGCUCCAAGGAGUUCUUCAAUCCUGCGGCCACUAAGAGCCACAGCUGCAACCACAUAGCUGCCCAGACCUUCGCCUGCCCUGACUGUGGCCAGACCUUUCAGUCCCACUACGAACUAGCCAGCCAUCUGCAGACCCACACGCAGGGCCUCAGUCAGGUGUCACCCCCGAGAGAGGAGGCCAGAGGCCCCAAAGCUGGGGCUAUGGAGGCUGAGGUGGAUCUGCUGGGUCAAGAGAAAACCCAGAAGGCCCCAUUGCAAGCCCCCAGGGCCGCAGGAGAGGAUGCCGGGAGAGCUAGUGGAGGCCACGAUGGAAAGUCCACAGCGGCCGUGGACGAGGAGCGGCCCUUCUGCUGUGCACAGUGUGGGCGUUCCUACCGCCAUGCCGGUAGCCUGCUGAACCACCAGAAGGCCCACACCACUGGACUCUACCCCUGCUCCCUCUGCCCCAAACUUCUACCCAACCUGCUGUCCCUUAAGAACCAUGGCAGGACCCACACGGACCCCAAGCGCCACCGCUGCAGCAUCUGUGGCAAGGCUUUCCGGACAGCUGCCCGGCUGGAGGGCCACGGGCGGGUUCAUGCGCCCCGGGAGGGGCCCUUCACCUGCCCCCAUUGUCCCCGUCAUUUCCGCCGCCGCAUCAGCUUCCUGCAGCACCAGCAGCAGCACCAGGAGGAGUGGACAGUGGCCAGCUCUGGAACCCCAAAGGUGCCAGCGGCGGGCAGAGGGGACUUGUCAUUGCCCCCUCCACCCACACCCACGACCCCACUCCUGGACCCUUCACCCCAGUGGCCUGCAGACCUCAGCUUCUCCCUCUGAAGUUCAAGUCUCCAAAGAUCAGAAUAGGGGCAGGGGGCAGGGAAAGGCUUGAUCUCCUCAUUUUGCUCAGGAGUAGUUUGGGCAUCCCCAGCUCGUGUCUCCUCUCCCGCCCGCAGAGGAUCCAGGUCUGGCUUCUUUCCCAAGGAGGGGGUGAGGCAUUCCUCCUGGCCUGUCCUUGAAGGACCUGCUUUCCCCCAGCCUUUGUCACCAAGCUCUUCCCCUGUGACCAGCCCUGCAAGAAACCUAGUACCAGGCUCUGCCACGAUGCUGGGCCACCCUCAUCAGCCAGGUUCCAACACCAGGGAGAGGCAGACUCAGAGAGAGCCGCGGGUGGGAAUAUUGCCUGUGGAAGGGGAGCCUUUUACUACAAUUUGUAACUUAUUUUCUAAAGUCUAUUUUGUAACAAUUUAUUUAAGUUAAAAAAAAAAAAAAAACACAGGAAAAUUGCUCCCU